AUGACUAUUAAAGCACUUAUUCUUGUUGGUGGUGAGCUUUUAGCCACCAGAUUCAGACCAAUUUCCAUUAGUACUCCUAAAUUAUUAUUUCCAAUUGCUGGUAAACCCAUGGUUGGACAUAUUGUUGAUAAUUUAGUUGAACAAUUUGAUGCUUCUGAAUUGGAGAUUUUAUUGAUUGGAUUUUUCAAAGAAGAAAAUAAACUUAAGUUUGAAGAAUAUAUUAAAGAUGCUAAAUCAGCUAAUCCUGGAUUAAAAAUUAAAUAUUUAUCUGAACCUUAUCCUUUAGGUACAGCUGGUGGAUUAUAUCAUUUUAAGGAUGAAAUUUUUAAUGUACCUGAUUGUAAAUUACUUAUGAUUCAUGGUGAUGUAAUUUGUAAUUAUCCAUUUAAAGAAAUGUUGAAUUUUUAUAAAGAAAAUGAAUCAAAUAUUACUAUAUUUGGAGUUGAUCCAAUUUCAUUACUUAAGAAAUCAAAAGCUCAAAUUAGUGUUGGACUGCAUUAUGAUGAUGAAAAUCAAAGUACUACUGUUAGUGAUGAUAUUGUUACUAAAUUUGGUGCAAUUGUUGCUAAUAAGAAAAAUGGUAAAGUUGUUCAUUAUGUUGAAAAACCAAGUGCUUCAAUUUCAGCAUUCAAUCGUGAUGCAACUUAUGAAAUUUUAUUAAAUGGUGGUAUUUAUAUAUUUGAUAAAACAAUUUUGGAAUUGUUAAGACAAGCAAAAGAUAAAAAAUCCAAAUCUGUCGAUUUCAAUGAUGAUGAUUUAGAUGAUGAAUCAGAUAGAGGUAUUCUUUCUUUAGAAUUGGAUGUUUUUAAAACUUUACCUCAACUGAAAAACACCAACUUUAAUGUUUAUAAAACAAAUGGAUUUUGGUAUCAAUUAAAACUGCCAGUUUCUGCAUUAAUUGCUAAUAAUUUCUUUUUAGCUCAAGGUGAUAAUAAUUGUACCAAUAUAAAAUCUCCUAAAAUUACUCAACCAGUUCAAAUUUUAACUAAUGAUUUAAAUUUUAAAUCUUCUAAAAUUGGUCCAAAUGUUUCUGUUGGUAAAAAUGUAACUAUUGGAAAUGGAGUUAGAUUAGUUAAUUGUAUCAUUUGUGAUGGUGUUAGUAUUGGUGAUCAUACUAUUAUCAAGAAUGCCAUUGUUUCAAAUGGUACCAAAAUUGGGAAAUGGUGUAGAAUUGAAGGUACUAUUACUGCUGAUACUUUGGCAAGUAAUGUCUUUGAUACUAGUACAUCAAAUUAUUUGAAAGUUUCCAACAAUAUCGUCAUCUUGUGUCAAGAUACUGCUGUGAAGAGUCAAGUAUUUGUCUACAAUUCCAUUGUCUUGCCACAUAAAGAAUUAAAAGAAGAUGUCAAAUACGAAAUCAUUAUGUAA